AGCAACUCAUUUGUGACAUUGCCUUAUUUCACUCUUUUAUGCGCCUGUUGGAGAAACAUCACAAAAAGAGGAAUGCGAUUUGAUUACGGACACGAAAAUUUUCCUAAAACCAAACACUGCGAAAUGAGAACAGCGAGCGAUCCAGCAGUGUGACUAGUCUAGGUUUUGUUUCCCAUCAUGUGUGAGCUUCCUCCACUUCCUCGUGAUUUUUUUAUGUGGCACAUUAUUAUUUCUGGUGGUGCUGAAUAAAAUGGUCACUUCCGAGGCAACAGUGUUGGUGGUAGUGCAAAAUUACCGAGGGUUAAUUGUGGCCUGUCAAUUAGCAUCAAUUUAGAGCCUCUGACAACAUGAAGCAUCUUUGUGUCACUGUUACUUAACUACGUACCGUACUCGCCCCGUGUCUCAUUCUGCCUCCGACUCAACACGCUCAUCACCUCGUGAUGUGAUUCAUCCUUAAUCAUUCUUAUUUAGUCGGGUGCGUGUCUGUGAACACAUUUUGGUGUCGGAAAUUUCAGGAUUAUGGAGAUCUCGAAGAAUUUGAAGUGUUCUCAGUGCAUUAAUAAAUAAACACUUUACAGAAUGUAAUCAGUACAAAACAACAGUCAAUUUCCCCAAGUGAAUUGGAGCUAACGUAAAGUGAUGUCUGAUCAAGAUGAGAUUAUUUCAGCGUAGACUAUGUCAGGUUCUGAAAGAAGGAAAUAAGUGUACGUCAAGAAACCGAGACUUUUGGGGGCAGCGGAUAAUGGAAUGAAAUGGAUCCAUUGUACAUAAUAUACUUACUUAAUUUUAUGUGAUGGAAGUAUUUCCGUGGUUCGUCGUCGUCCUGGUAGGGAAAGCAUAUUGAUUUAUCAACUCGCAGAAAGAAGAACUCGUUUGUUUGUUUACGGUAACGACCCAUCGACAUCGAAUACUACCAUCCAUCCAUCUGCUGUGCGGCUGCUACUAUUUUUUAUGGUGCAGAAGAGCCGUUGUUCCAAAUAACAAAAAAAAAUGUUGGACACUUUUAAUUAACAUUUUUCUAUAAACCUCAUCCUUUGUGGUGGCAUUUUGAUUCUUCCAUUCUCGACAUGAAAUUCUUGCCCAUGGUGCACAGCAGUUGUCUCAAAGUGGUUGUACGCUGGUCAUCAAAUUUUCUGGGUGUUGCUGGCUCUCUUGGAUCUGCGUGCACGAUAUCGACCAUCAUAAGCUUGACUUCAGUGAUCAGUCUUUUGGCAGCUUCAGCAGGCACGGAGGAAGAUGAGUCUCAACUUUCCCUCCGUCGCCAGCCUCCCUACUACAAUGCCGAGUUGUACAAAGUCCUUCGACAGCAUUACAAAUUUCAAGAUUUUCUAUGGGCUGGCUCAGGAGAAGGUCCGAUACCUUCCGAAAACCAGGACGGGAUGGCCUGGGAGGAUGACGAUGGUGACUUCUCGGGUCAAGUUCAGAUCAAAGUCACCAAAACGAUGGUGUUGUACAAGACGGUUUUAUCCACCAUUUAUCCCGUGGCCAUGACCCCAGUGAUUGUAACGAGCAGAAUUUCUGCGACGCCAUCGAUUCAAAUGACAAUAAUAGAUCCCAGCUCCGCAUUUUCGUUAGAUUUAAACUCUCAACAUACCACAAUUUCACCCACUGCGACGACGUCGUUAUAUUCAAUCAUGGUGCAACCCACGGUCACACCUUCUACGCCAUCUCAAUCAACAUACACUGAACAUCCAAACGUCACAGAAGAGGAGACAUCGGAAAGUCUGAAUGAUCGAUUAUCAGCCUCCGCCACAGAUCCGCGAUACUGGAUUCAGUCCUCAAUUAAGCGGAAGAGGGAAAACAAAUACCACCCGAAUGACUUACCGUUUCAGGAAAUGCUCCAAAAACGAUUGGCAGAGAUUUAUGCCACGGCUUUUAAACGACAACUCCUUAAAUCCUUGCGUUUAAUGGGUCAACAUAAUAAUGGGACCUUGACGAUGAUGAGGAAUCGGAGGUCAACACGUCGUACGGCAUCCACCAACACAAAAUUUGACUAUGACGAGGACGCAGAGACGAAUCCUCUCUACUUUUAUCUUCGAGGACAAAGUCCCAUUGCACGAACGGCGAUGAACGUGUCUGUGUCCAUGAUAAACGUGACGUAUUCCGAACCUGACCCAAGAAUUGACUUGAAAUACAUCGUUUACGCGGAAGGUACUCCAGUUCUAGGAUUUGUGGCUGUGAAAGAGCUUCAAGUAAUGUCCAAAGUCGAGAUGGAAAAAACACUGGAACAUGAAAUCAUUGAGAAGGCCAAAGCCUUAGUUCAAGCUCCUGAAAAGAGUGAAAUUGGCUCAGUUGCUUCCACAACGCCUUGGCUGAUUGCUUUGAUGGCCUUGGUGUGUCUAAUGAUUGUAAUUCUUGCACUGACUCUUUUCAUGGCUUGGAAAUGGAGACACAACCGACUCAGGGAUCGAAACGACCAGUUUAUUACAAAUUCCGGAGAAACGCCUCAUCCUUCCUCGUCAGCUCCGGGCGGACAAUCAGUAUUGGUCUCCACAAAGGAAAGGUUUGCUAGCGAAAGUCGUCGAUCCGCAACCCGAAGCCCAUCCUCAGCCGUCUUUCGGGUGGAGCAAGAUGACCAUGGUGGACGUGGAGGAGGUGAGUCUUCAGCCCCCCGCCCCCCACGGCGAAACUCAGGUCGUGGGAUUGAAGAGACGGACGACAAUCUGGAGGGUUCUCCCAGUGACAAAAGUUCAGGCAGUAUGCUUAUCAAUCCGAGUGAGGGAUCCUCCUACAAUUCUCACUCUCCUCAACGACGCCAUAAUAAAUCAAAGCAUUCCGGAGUUGCGAGAAAAGUAAAUCGACAAAGACGUAGCAGACGUCGAAAAACAAACAUUGGCUUUGCAGAUGAAGAAGCGCAAACAACUCCUGUUCGCACUCCUCAAGACUCAAUUGCUGCAACGGGUGACCUUAAUCGUACUCAACAGGAUGAAGAUGAAGAAGAUUUUAGUUUUAAGGGAGAUAUUUGCAGAAACAUGGACAAAAUUAGUUUUGGAAACCUAGAAAUUUACACGGACACCGAUGCACGUCCAUCGAGUGCACAAGUUAAGAAAAUAUUAUCUCGACCUUCCAGCCAUGAGGCGAAAAAGUCACAAAUCGAUCAGUCGUCCACUCAAAAGACUUCCACUGACCUUCAUAAAGAAGAGACUUCGGUUGAAGUGCACGAUCGGGACAGGGAGCUCAGUGAGCAUAGUUUCGAUGUCAGCGAGUCCGCAGAAACUGAUAAGAAGGACGCCGAGGUGCAAACUCCGACAAGAUUAAAGCGAAGGCAGUCCCCAAGACUCCGAACUUCUCCUCGACAUCGGAGCAGCAGGGGAGCGAAAGCGUCAAAAAUGUCGUUGAUUUCGACAGAGUCGGAGGAAGCAGUGGAUUUUACUAAUUUACCGUUGUCUUCUUCCGGUGAGAUUAAUCCUAUUGGAAAGAUUAGGAAGCGUUUUCAUCAGUUUUUGGAUGAUGCGUUUAAUGUCAUGGCCGCUGGGCGUAGAGAGAGUCCUGGGAAAUAUCCUCAGUCUGCCAAAGUGACAGUUACCCAUCAGAUGAAAAACAAGCCUGCAGGUCGUCCUUGGACAUCCCACGUCAUUAGGGAAGAGUCCGUGAGAAAAAUACGACCCAAGUCAUCCGUUGUUAUUGGACCUCCGAAACCAGCAUGGGCAGCUGGAUCUGAGCGUCGAUGUCAAUCUGCAAAAUCCAAAACGUCCAUCAUCGAGGAAGAAGUUCAACCUGAAAAAAGUGCGUCUCGAGAUGAACUGAAUGCAUUCGUCACAUCGGGCGAAGGACGAGAAGAAGACGACGAGGAAGAGCCCAGCAGGAUGAUGUCGAGUGGCAAAUCGUCCUCCACACUUCGAACUGAUGUCCAUCACCACUCCUUCUCAGAAGCAUCCCACUCGUACAUUUUCCCAAAAUAUCCAACCUACCCGGAAGUGGAAGUGUGUUUUGGGGGUGAUCAACAAAGAGACAAAAAUAAUCCAACUGGUCUUGGAACCAGUCAUGGUCAAGGUGGAGGGAGUGGACGCAGUGCGAGUAGACUGCACCCACUUGACCCCGCUGUGCCAUUGAUUGAAGCAAUUAAAGACGAGAUGAAACGAUUUGAGAGAGUUAAAGUUUCCUCUUCUUCUACUCAGGACUUGUCAAGGAAGAAGAGUUAAUUAAAUUAAGUGUACUUAAUAUGAUGCAAACCACAGUGUUCUCUCUUCUAUAUAAUAAGUAAAUACAUGAAUAUGAAAUAUGAAUAAAUAAAAGUAGAUGAAGAUGAACAAAAAA